AUGGGUCGUGGCAUGGCGAAGAACUUGAUCGAGAAAGGCAAUCUCGAAAGCCCCCUCAAGUUGUACAAUCGAACGACCACUCGUGCAGUGGCCUUGAAGAACGAAGUGGGCAGUAGGGCGUCAAUCGGGACGAGCAUUGCAGAGACAGUUGCGGGAGCCGACAUCAUCUUCACCAGUCUCAGCAAUGAUGACACUCUGAAAGAAACCAUGAGCCAGGCUUUACAGUCAGAGAUCGUUGGCAAGACGUUCGUUGAUUGCUCGACAGUGCAUCCAGAGGCUGCGAAUGAUCUUGCCGAAAUGGCUUCGAGCAAAGGGGCUGAUUUCGUCUCCAUGCCAGUCCUUGGAUCACCUGGUGUUGCUGCAAGUAGCCAACUCCUCUGCCUGCUAUCUGGAUCAUCCAGGGCCAUUGAUCUGGUGAAACCAUACAUCACCGGUGUCAUCGGUCGCCAAAUUAUCGAGUUUCGGGAUGAACUAGCUGGCAAAGGUCAAGUCCUCAAGCUGAUAGCGAACAUGUUCAUUCUGAAUGUUAAUGAGAUCACCGCGGAGGGCUUGACGUUCGCGGAGAAGGCUUCAGUGGAUCCUCACAGGUUGCUUGAGAUGCUUUCUGUUUUAUUCGGUGGUCCUUAUAGCGUCUACGGUGCGCGGAUGAUCGGUGGAGAUUACCACAAGAAAGAGGCACAAGUUCCUGUUGGGAUGGCGUUGAAAGAUGCUCAUCAUGCGAUGAGAGUCGCUGAAGAAGUCAAGUCGACAGUGCCGAGCCUGCGUGCUGCUGCUGAGAACCUUGAAGCUGUGAGAGAUCAGCGAGGGCCACUCGUGGAUUCGUCAAGUGUGUAUGGGCUAUGCAGGUUGAGAAAUGGUCUACCAUUUGAGAAUGUUGUAAAGACAACGCGAAGUUGA